UCUCUCUCUCACAUUUAUUCUGUCCACUGCUUGCAUCAAGCCAGCUCUUGCUUUCCUCUCCUCUCCUUCACUCCACCGGGAUAUUUCCUUCUCCUCUUUCCAUAUCCGAACACAUUCCUGUUUUGUGCCCUGCUUUUCCUUCAUAUCUCCUGGAAUGUGGCACUCUUUGGCUUUCACUCUAUGUGGGAUCUCCGCUUUGAUCCAGGUGUCGGUGCAAGGUCCAUACCAGCGGACCCUGUUGAAGAACCUCCUAAAGGAUUAUAACCGCAUGGAAAGGCCUGUUGCAAACGACUCUCAGCCUCUCACUGUCUUUCUGUCUAUGAGCUUGAUACAGAUCAUGGAUGUGGAUGAGAAAAAUCAAGUACUGACCUCCAAUAUCUGGCUUAACAUGCACUGGUAUGAUCAUUACCUGCAGUGGAACCAAUCUGAGUACCCAGGUGUCAAAAACCUUCGCUUCACCACAGACCAAGUGUGGACACCAGACAUCCUGCUCUACAAUAGUGCAGAUGACAAGUUCGACUCCACCUUCAAAUCGAAUAUUGUAGUAAACUCCAGUGGCUACUGCAACUACCUGCCUCCAGGUAUCUUCAUGAGCACCUGUAACGUGGAUGUACGCUGGUUUCCGUUUGACAUCCAGAAGUGCGAGCUUAAAUUCGGCUCGUGGACAUUUGACGGAUGGCUGCUGGAUCUCCAGAUGAAUGAGGCUGAUAUCUCUGGCUACAUGCCCAACGGAGAGUGGGAUCUUGUGGGUGUGCCGGGCACAAGAAACGAGUUGUACUAUGACUGCUGUAAGGAACCCUACCCAGAUGUCACAUUUGUGGUGACCAUCCGCAGACGGACGCUCUACUACGCCUUAAACCUCCUCAUUCCCUGCGUCCUCCUUUCAUCAAUGACCUUGCUUAUCUUUCUACUGCCUGCCGACUCCGGAGAGAAGAUUUCACUAGGUAUUACUGUGCUACUCUCAUUAACAGUCUUCAUGCUAUUGGUGGCAGAAAUCAUGCCAGCAACCUCAGACUCCAUCCCACUAAUAGGACAGUAUUUUGCCAGUAUAAUGAUCAUUGUUGGAAUGUCAGUUAUUGCGACAGUGGUUGUGCUCCAAUAUCACCAUCAUGACCCCAAUGGAGGGAACAUGCCCAAAUGGAGCCAGGGCUCAAAGGAGUUGAAAAAGACUCUUUAUCUGAACAACCGGGAAAAAAGCAACACUUACAUAACAGCAACAGUAGUUAUCUUACAAUCUACAGAGCUAAAAAGAGAUACAGUUCAGAAGAAGAUACUAAAAGUGUUCAUGCUUCUGGUAGCAGAGAUAAUGCCCGCAACAUCGGACUCUGUGCCUUUGAUAGCUCAGUAUUUUGCCACCACCAUGGUUAUUGUUGGCCUGUCUGUGAUAGCCACCGUGUGGGUUUUACAAUACCACUACCAUGACCCCGAUGGAGGAAAAAUGCCAAAAUGGGUGAGGAUCUCACUGCUGCUUGUCUUCUUGCCCCCAGCGCCCCCUGUAGUGGAGAAAGCCGGUUUGUCCAAGUUCAACGGCCACCGCGCCCAGCAGGACAGUGCGGUGCAACGACGUCACUUCCGCUCGUUCGGGAGGCUCGAGGAACGAGGACUCUUCCGUGCGUUUCAGCUGGUUGUUUACUUCGGAUGGAUUCGGUAA